CUGCGUGACAAUCAACUGUCGUCGUUUCCGGAUGAAGUAGAGCAAUUGGUUGAACUACGCAUCCUUAAUCUGAGUGCAAACAAGUUGCGUGCCGUACCCGUUGGAUUGACUCGUUUGCGGGGAUUGGCUCAGUUAAAUUUGAGUAACAAUGAACUGCGAAGCUUGGACGGGGAUUGGAGCGGUAUGGUUAAUCUAGAUACCAUGCACAAUAUUCUGUCCCGUCUGUAUGUUGCAUUCUCUGUUACGGACUUGUCGGAUAAUCGAUUGUGCAGUUUUCCCGAUCGAUUUCCACCGCACGUUCGUCGUUUGAGCUUAAACAAUAAUCGUUUGGAUGAAUUACCUGCCGGGUUUCUGGAUCAAGUUCCGGGACUUCAAUCAUUGGAUAUAUCGUCUAAUGCACUGAAGGAAUUGGUCCUGUUGGAUACCUCGCACGGAGCCAGUUACGAGUAUCAGUUGGUCACAUUACGCGGCGGCUUUAACAGACUCAUUGAAUUGCCUUUUCUGGUUGGGCUGAAAUCACUCAAGGAAUUGUAUCUCGGUGACAAUCGUAUUGCCAAAAUCGAGCUGGAGAAAUUGAGUGGCUGCCCACUAAUCACGCUCGAAUUGGCACGUAACAAAAUCAUAACCUUGCCCGACGGUAUGGCCGCUGCAUUCCCAGAUCUCGUUCGAUUGGAUAUCUCGGCCAAUGAACUGAGCGUGUAUGUCCACCGUGUGUUAGGAUUACCAACUGAACUGGGUUUCAUGAACCGUUUGCAAGUUCUCCUAGUUGAGCGUAAUCCUCUCCGUUCGAUACGACAGAAUGUUAUAUCGGGAGGAACCGAUGCCCUUAAGGCCUUGCUUCGUCAGCGUCACAAUCCUGAUUUGGCGGGUCCACAAACUGCUCCGGGAACCAAAUCACUAGAGUCUAGUUCGGCACACAAAAGCGAAGUUCAGCAGUCCGAACCAACGUCGCAGUCAUCUGAGGUCCCGAGUUCCGUGCUCGCAUCAGUAACAAAGACCUUGGAUUCUGUCAUGCAAAACGUAGAAUACCCACCCGCUCCGAAAGCGUCUGGUACAGACUCUCAGAAAAUAAAACCCUUUGUUGCAUCUAAACUUCCCGGUCCCACAUUGCCCGUAGUCAAUCAGGCUGGGUUACUCGAUUGGUCCGAGGAAUCGAGAGGACAAGCAGAUAAACCAGUCAUCCCUCUGCCGGAUCUGGAUUCAGUUGAAGCAUGGCUCUCAGCAGCUAAUACAUCACAGACGGCCCGGGUCAGUGUACGAUCACUUCUACUGUCGCGUCGAAAACUAACCACAGUGCCAAUAGGGAGUGCGUUCAAGUGA